CUCUUGUCUCACUCUCCGUCCAAAAUGAUCACGAAUCAAACACGGUUCUCAGAACCCAAAAGUCCCAAAACCCAAGUGACUAACGAUGGCCUCCACUUCGGCUUCGCGGUCCACAGGCGUCACCGGAAGAAUCCAAACUGCAGCUUCGACACUGUACUCCGACAAUCAGUCCCUCAUCGCUGAAUUUCGGAAGGCGUUAAAUAUGAUGAAGGAAAUUGGGGUUGAUUUGGAGAGAGAUAAUCAGUCUCAGAUGGUGAAAGAGCUUGAAAAUGCAGCUGUUGAGUUUCUGGCUACAUAUGAAGACUGUACACAUUUUUCAUCAGCAAUUCAUUCUGUUGGAGAUAGGUGCCAGCCUGUAGGAGAGUUAACCAAUUUUAAGAAGUUGUUUGAGGAUGAGAUUGCGAAGCUCAAGGCUAGUUCUCUUCAGUUCCACAAAACCAUCCUAUAAUACGCCAAUUUAGAGAAGCUAUCUGGCUCUACUCCGAGAAUGAGCAUUGGCGCACAGAUGUGAAUGGUCUCCCAUUUCAAUCUAUUUGUGAGGAGGCAAUUUGGUUGGAAC